AUGUCUGGGGAAAAUUACUACUCAAACAGAAUAAUUUCUCAACGAGAAAAACGUGCUGAAAGAAGAAGACAAGCAAAUGUUCUUCCUUCUGCUAGUUCAUCAUCAGAUUCUGAUGAUUUCGAUGGUGAUGGUACAAAUUUGGAAGCAUCAACUUCUUAUGAAAAUAAUUUGAACACCACGACAUUUAAUGCUAUGAAUUUAAUGGACUAUAUGCCAGAUGAUGAUGAAAAUAAUGAAGGUAUGAAUAUUCCUGAUAACUCUGCUCCGCUUUUUGUGAGCAGUCGUCACACGGUUGUAUCCGCUACAACAUCCAUCAUGCGGUUUGCGAUGGAUGCAAAUCUUGACAAGCAACAAACAACCAAGUUAUUGAAACUUGUGAAGUCUUUAUUACCCCAACCGAAUAGUCUACCAACAACACAUAGGAAACUGCUAAAAGUUUUUGGUGUAACAUCUUUAUUUUCAACGAAGUACUUAUGUGAACGUUGUGGUAGUGAUACAGUGACCAUCAGAUGUGGUUCAAAGCGAUGUACAAAUUCUAAUUGUUUAUUUUCCAGUCAAGCCUUGGUAAACAGUCGUGUGACCGAAAUAGUUAGUAUGGAUAUUCGUUCUGCUCUUCAUGAAAUUGUUAGACGAAAUCAGAAAUUAAUUUUUGCAAAUGAAAUGUUAACUCCUAUGGGGGAUAUUGUUAAUUAUUCAAAUUAUGUUAAAAACAGUAAAGAAAAUAAAGUAAGGCAAAAGUAA